AGUAAAAAGUGAGCUCCUCGGACGCACGACAACACACCAACUGAAGUGGAAAGCGGCUCCUGUUCUGCUCCUUAUCCCAUUUCGGACGCUGCGUACAAGGCUUCAGACUGCUGCAGGACUGAACCCAAAAAGGACGAAGUCAGAGUGAAGAAGACAGUGUCGCCUUCGGCUCGUGCGUUAAGUUUGCCUACAGUUUGCCGUCGGUUAUUGUUAUUUGUAUUUUUUCGGGCUCUUUAUGCCAGCGAAUUACUUUCCGACUUUGUAGUGUUAAUAGGUGGAAAGGUGGAAAUCAACUAUUUUUGUUUUCCAACUCGAAGACUAAAUUUAACCAAUGACGGCAGAGGUCCAGCAGCCCCCAGCGCAGACUCCUGCUCAGAGCAGCCCGAUGUCUGCUCCAGAGAAGCCGCACGGACAGACGGCGGUGAUGGAAACCGCCUCUUCCACUACGAAAACCAAAAAGACAAACGCCGGGAUCCGCAGACCAGAGAAACCCCCAUACUCUUACAUAGCUUUAAUAGUUAUGGCUAUCCAGAGUUCUCCAACCAAGCGCCUGACGCUGAGUGAAAUAUAUCAGUUCUUACAGAGCCGCUUCCCGUUUUUCAGGGGCUCAUACCAGGGAUGGAAGAACUCCGUGCGUCAUAACUUGUCCCUGAACGAGUGCUUCAUAAAGCUGCCAAAGGGCCUCGGCCGGCCAGGGAAGGGCCACUACUGGACUAUCGACCCUGCUAGUGAGUUUAUGUUCGAGGAAGGCUCCUUCAGAAGGAGACCCAGGGGUUUUAGGCGCAAGUGCCAGGCGCUGAAGCCAAUGUACAGCAUGAUGAACGGCCUGGGAUUCAACCACAUCCCCGAGUCCUACAACUUCCAGGGGAGCGGCGGGGGCCUAUCCUGUCCGCCCAACAGCUUGUCUCUGGACAGCGGGAUUGGGAUGAUGAAUGGACACUUAGCAGGUAACAUGGAGGGGAUGGGUCUGUCCGGGCACACCAUGUCACACUUGUCGACCAACAGUGGACAUUCCUACAUGGGAAGUUGUACAGGAUCCACUGGGAGUGAUUAUCCCCACCACGACAAUUCCGCCUCCCCUCUGCUCACCAGCGGAGGAGUCAUGGAGCCUCACCCGGUCUACUCGAGCUCAGCCUCGGCGUGGGCUCCGGCCCCCUCGGCCUCACUGAAUAACGGGGCCUCCUACAUAAAGCAGCAGCCUCUGUCUCCUUGUAAUCCAGGAGCAAACCCGCUGCAGCCAAGCUUGCCCACACAUUCACUAGACCAGUCGUACCUGCACCAGAACGGGCACAGUACUACAGAUUUACAAGGUAUUCCUCGGUACCAUUCCCAGUCUCCAAGCAUGUGCGACAGAAAGGAGUUCGUCUUCUCGUUCAACGCCAUGACGUCCUCGGCGAUGCACUCACCGAGCAGCAGCUCGUACUACCACCACCAACAGGUCGCCUACCAGGACAUCAAGCCCUGCGUCAUGUGAUGCCUCCACGCACGGACAAUCUGCAGACCAGAGGACGAUGUCACAAACUUGAGCCACGCAGCUGAGUUUGAACUGAAAAUGAGAACAAACGAGUAAAAUAACCACUGAGAAGCCGACUCAGCGGCCCUGGAGAGUGCUCGCUGCUUCAAGUAGACCGGACUACUUUUCUGUACUGUUUUACACAUCAGCGACAAAGACACGGAGACAGGCCAAUCACAAAGCAACCACAUAAUAAUAAUAUAUAAUAAUAAAUACUUUGUCAUGCCAUCAACAUCGACCGGCGGGGUAAAAGACUAGCUGUUUGAAACCCUGCUGCUGUUUGGUACUUAGUCCUGCAGAGCAGAUGACUACCACUUCACACUUUUCUUCAUGUUUAUACUUCUUGUUAAUGUAGGCCUAUGUAAAAAUGCACACGGCCAAUUUUUCUCCGUUUUUACUUUUAUUUUCUUUGACAAAUUAGACUGUUUUUUUUUUCUCCUCUGGACUUUCAAAAUUUAAUUUCAAAUUGAACAAUUAUGGACAUUCAUAUAAAUGUCCAUAUAUACUGUGUAAAAAUGAUGAAGGCACUUUGAAUAGCCUAUAAGCGCAACGGUUUUCUUUUUUUAUUUAUUCUGUAGACUUACAUAUUUUAAUUUCAGGCGAAUUGGCCAAGGAGGUAUAUUCUUUACUGGCAAUAUUUGUCAAAAUGCUUGUUAUUUGUUUUAAAAUGAAAUUCGAGGAUAUAUUGUAAGCACUGUUAUGUCGUUUGUGUUAGAUAUAUGUAGACCAUUACUUUCAGCACUGUAUACUUAUAUAUUGUUAGGAAUAUUAGUCCUUCCAUGGGGGCUGAUCUUUAGGCUAUAUUACAACAAAUCAUUUGUAAGAAAUAAAAUAUAUCUUUUGGGCUGUUUAAGCUCAAAUGCACCAAAAACAAGACAUAUGUCGAGUCUAUGACACACCCAGAAUUGUUUGGAUUUUUUUUUUUUUUUUUUGGGACAUUGCAAACAUAUGUGUGUACAUCUAAAGUCGGUGAGCAUUACUAUACCCCCAAAAUUAGCGGUGAGGCAAUUUCCGCUUUUGAAACACUACAAUAUUUAAAAUUCAAUAGAAUGACAUAACUUUAUAGGCUUGUAAUUAAUUAUUAAUCAAGCAAACUAAAUGGAGGAUAAACGGAGUCCAUGUGGGUUUAAUCUACUAAAUAUUGGGUGACGAUGAAGCCAAAAAAUGUGUAUGUCUUGUUAUGAUGCAGUCCAUGACUGAGGUCGAAGUCUAACAUUUUUUAACAGCCUGUUUUCAGCUGGCAGCAGCAGGACAUGCCUGUUAUUGUAAACUGACGAUAAAUGAACAGAUCUGAUUUUCCACAAAACAAUGAUUAAUUGAUUAGAGGUUUUAAAUAAAUGGUUUUAAAAGUCAGUCGCAUGAUGCCCUCUGUGUAACGAGAGUGUACGCAGCAAUUAAGGCGGAACAAAUCAGAUGCAGAGAUCUCACCCGCGUUUGGUUGCAGGGUAAAAAAGCUGCGGCUGCAUUACUCCUCCUGAAAAAUCAUUUCGUCCAAAACAAUGUGUCUGCUCAACAGCUCAGGGGCUGAAGGUAUAUCAAGUUUUAAACAAUCUUUACAAAAAAUGGAAUUGAGGACAAAAAAAAUAAAAAUAAAUAAUCACCAACUUUAGGGGAAAAUUGGUUCAAUGGAUUUUACAUUAAACAAGAGAUGCUUCGUUCCUUCUCUUAAAACACUCUUUACUUCUUAAAUAUUAAGGAAAUGGGAACAUCAAAAUGUAUUACAGAGGCACAUAAAUAAAAUGCACAAAUUAUAAAUAAGUGGGGUAAUUACACCAUGGAAAUACUACAGCCACUGGUUAUAUGUGCAAAAGGCACAUGAGCCAAUUUUCCUAAAUGCUCUUAACUCCUUUUUUUUUUUUUUGUUUACAGCAGUUGCAAAAUUCAUAAUUGUUAUUUUUACCAGCUACUCAGGAUAUCAAAUUAAGUCUUAGCUUCAUAAAGUCUGUGAUGUGAAACUAAUAAUAGGUCCUCCAAAUGAAGAAAAACAGGGUGGGCAGCAAUCUGUUUCAUGAGCAUCCGUACACUGCACUGCACACGCAGAUACAGUAACUGAAUUGUAAUUUAAGAUGUCCUCUUGUUCAUUUUAUUUUGGAAGUAAUGCUGUCGAGGCGUGUGUGCACACAUACUGUACAUCUGUACGUCAGGCUAUAAACAUGCUGUGUUUUAAUACUUGUGUAGCUUCGAAAUCUCACAACAUGACCACUGACUGAACCCUAGGAAAAUGAGCAUGCCAUUGAGCACAGGGAUAAGAAGGUAUCAACAGCAGUGGAACAGCGCAUUAACAAACUGAUGACAUUUGCCGAGGUUCAGUGUUCUGGUGGGGCUCAAGGAGUGAGAAGGGGCUCCACAGCUGUUCCCUCGCCAGGCCUGGAUGACAGCUCCAUAAAAAGCCAGAGGCCUGCUCAGUGCAGACAGACAUACUGUGUGCUUGUGUCUCAAUACAGUCAAGACUUCAGUGAAAACAGGACACUUGUCUGGAACAGCAUGACAACGAGUGAUACAUGCAGGUACAGUGCAGAAUCACAGAAAAAAAUAUUACAGGGGACAAGACACAGACUAUUUGGUGCUUAGAUCUGCAUGUGAUGUAUGAUUCACUCACUAUUUCACUUUGAGCUCAUUUUUUUUGCCCAGUUUAAAAAAUAUUUAAAACAAGGCAACAAUGAAUUUUCACCCUAAAUGAUGAGUUAACUAUCAAGAAACACUAACUGGAUAUAUAAUCCAAAGUUUGCUCUAAAUCACUGCUGCAACAGUUAAAAAUUGACCUUUAAAUGAAUGGUUUUGUAUUUGUGUGUAAACCAUCAGCUGUCUGAGUUUCAUCAAACUCCAAUCAGUAGUUUAAGAUUCCUAAGUUAAACUUUAAUCCCUGUAUCUUGAGUAAAUAAUCAGUUUUAUUACGAUGGAUAGUUUGAGGGGUAACAGGACUAGUACUUUUAACUGGACUACAGUUUUUGUUUGUUUGUUUGUUUGGUAUCCAAAAAGCACAAUUAGAGUAAUUUCUUAAAUGCUGCAAAACCAAUGUGCAGAUGCAUCAUUUCUCAAAUAUUUGUCAAGAUCAAAUUAAGAUGUUCAACAGUUAAAAAAAAAGAAGAAGAAGAAAAAAAAAGACACUAAACCAGAAACAGUACAGUCAAACGUUUUAGUAGUGGACGUUAGAAUUUGCUACAAACAAAUGCAUCAACACUGCAACAGUCCAUCCUGGCAUGGUAGCAUAUUCUUAUCCAAGUGUUGAGGCUGCCUUCAUACUCAAACUGACCUAACCAGGACAGAACACCAUGGAUAUGUUAUUUUUAAAAGCUACAAAUAUCACUGCUUAAAUGUACAAUGUCUAUUUCCAAAAUAUUCUGAAGAAAACCUAAGCAACGAAAAAAAUCAAAAAUCAUAGCUCCAACAAGGCUAUUGGCCUCUAAAUGUGUUAUUUUUUAAGGAAACAGAUGCUUACAGUCUGCAUCUAGAUCCACACCUUAGUCAAAAUGUUGUUAUGUUGAGGACAAGAGUCAGAGCCAUCACAGCUACAUUAUGGCUAUUCAAUGUUUUACUAUUACUAUAGACUGUAAGCAAAAUGGCCUAACAAUUUCUAAUACGUUCAUGUCUUCUAAAUUUGGUUGUAUCUGCACAAGAUGUUCAAAACUCGAGACAAUUUAUGUCAAAUGGACCACAUCUAUUUGACGAUUUGAAAGUGAAAUAGAAAAAAAAA